CGUUUAAACUGUAAAACGUAAAAAGUGUUAUGUUGAAGCGAAAGCUGGCCCAGCAGACAGCGGGACUGUCAGAGGGGGAACCGAAGAGACCAUUUAUGGGCGCAGACACCACAUCUGCUCUGUUUGCCAAACCCCUGUGGCAGAAGUUUUACGAUAUUGAGCGCAGUUUGAAUGAAGUUCUCUCAACCAUUGAUACGCCUGCGACAAUUGAAUGCACAUACAAUCCCGUGGAGUAUGCGUCAUCCCUGCACUGCGCUUAUUUGCGCAGUUUUCUGGAUGCACCGAAGCACAUCAUGUUCAUAGGAAUGAACCCAGGUCCCACUGGUAUGGUGCAAACAGGAAUACCCUUUGGCAAUGUGCGUACGGUAAGCCAGUUAAUGGAGCUAUCCGGAGAGGUCGGGAGGCCGCCUGUUCUCCAUCCUAAGCGACCGGUUGUGGGCUUAGAGUGCACUAAAGAGGAGAUUAGUGGGGUGCGCUUGUGGGAGCUGUUUCUGCGGUUGGCUGGCGGCGGUCUAGACAUAUUUUCACAGCAAUGUUUUGUCCAUAACUUUUGUCCACUGGCCUUCUUCGAUGCUGCCGGCCGCAACAUAACACCGACCGAGCUGAAGGGUCCGUACAAGCAGAAGAUCCGUGACGCAUGCUUGGAUGCCUUGGAGAAGCAGUUGCUGAUUGUGAAGCCCCAGGUUGUGGUGGCUGUGGGCAAUUAUGUCUAUCAAGCAUUGAAGCGCUCGGACUACUGCAAAACGGUGUCCAUGCUGUGCUUGGCGCAUCCGAGUCCGCGUUCUGUGAACAACACCAAUUGGCCUGAGAAGGCGCAGGAGUUUCUGGAGCAGCAUGGCUUGGUACAUUUCAUGCGCAACGAAGCGUAGGUUUCGCAUUUAAAAUGCAUGUGCAUUUUGUGCAAUUAUCCAUCGAUUAAAUGUAAGAUAUAAAAUAUCAUAGUUCGUAUCAACAAAUAUGCACAUUCCGUACAAAAUAUUCACAAUCUAAUAAAUUAGGAACAGGAUCAUAUACUAACUCACAGUGUUAAACCACUAACCAAAUAGUAUAGUGGGUUAAGGCACUAACCAAAUAGUAUAGUACAUUGUUAAUUUGAUGGCCAACGUCGCAGCUACAUGUAUUAGUGCGUGUAGAACACGCAGCUAGAAGUCCGUGUAGGACUAGGCGCCCGUGUAGAACACGCAGCUAGAAGUCCCAGCUACAUUUGUAUAACUGCGUGUAGAGCACGCAGCCAGAAGUCCCAGUACAUUUGUAUAAGUGCGUAUAGCCAAUGAUUGUUUAGCGCUUCAAACCGGUUUUGUCUUGAUUCACACAGACACUGCAAGUAAUGUAUGUGUUGGUGCGCUGACUUUCUGAAGUGCGAAGGAUGAUUUUUGAUGAUUUGAUUUUGUUUUCGGGGCUUGGCGUAUGAACCUGACC